CCUGGAAAAUCCCUUCUCAGAGCAGAGAUGGGUGAACACAACAUAGCCUGUGAAGAAAUGCAAUUUCCCAACGCAUUACAGAAGCAGAAGAGAAGACAUACAAAAGUGCAGAGAGAAGAUUGCUCAUAUCUUCCCUGGCAACUCUUUGCUGGAGCUCUGGCGAUCUUGACCCUUGUACUCAUUGCUUCCAUAGUAGUAGUCAUUGUCCUGAUUAUAAACCAAUCUUCCAACCAAGGACAUCAAAGCCCUCCUUCACUUCCAAACACCACAUCCCAGAGAGGUUGUUACAAUGGCACUUGUUCAAAAAACUGGAUCUGGAGUAGAGGGAGCUGCUAUUAUAUUUCCAAAGAAAGAAAGCCUUGGGAAGACAGUCAAGCUGCCUGCCAGAAAAAGAAUUCCAGUCUCCUGAAGAUAGACAGCAAAGAAGAGUUACAAAAUUUCCUGAAAUACCUGAAAUCUUAUUAUUGGAUUGGGCUGUCUCGUAAUGGCACCGAAGGAUCCUGGCUGUGGGAGGAUGGUUCUGCUCUCUCCCAGGACCAGUUAAGAGUGAUUGAUCCUUUCCAUACAGGAAACUGUGCCUAUUUUGGAAUGGGACACCAUGCCUUUUAUGAAUAUUGUGUUGUGUCAAAUACUUAUAUUUGUGAACAGAUGGCAAUAUAGUCCUCCUCUGAUGAGUAUAACUC